AUGGACUUCCUGCGAGGACAAAAGAUGGAGGAAGAUCCUCUAGAAGCACAAGGUCGUGAGAAGGCCAACUUCGCACGGGUGGAAACUAUGCUGUUCGAAAAACUUACCAAAGCUGGUGUUUCCUCCAUCUCUUCCACAGCGGCACUGAAACUUCCCGGCGCUGCUAUAGAAGGUCUGUUCGGCUGGCUGGGAAUCAAAAAUCCUCUGAUCAGGAAUGCAAGAGCUGAUCGAAAUGAGGUCUGGAUACUUGACAAUACAGCCUUCAAGACGUCGAAUUCAGCUGCCUGGGAAGCUGAAUUCGUCACCGCCUUUUUCCAACACGGUAGAGGAGACCUGACCAUGGCAGCAGCAGCUAUAGUAGACGCAGUUGGGCUCGAUGGGAACCCGGGUGCCGACAAGGACAAGAAGGCGAUCAUCGAGGAAAGGCUGAAGCCAUUCAUCGAUGCUAUCGCGCCUGCGAGGACACUGCCUGUUGUCAUUCAGCCACAAGGCGGAGAAACAACACGUCAAAUUUUGGGCCCCUCCAAUACAAACGGCAUCAGCAGUCAGAUCCUAGAGGUCGCAGACAGUAGUCAACAGGACGGUGCUACCAUAAGAGUAGAGUCCGAUACUGGAGUCAGACAUUUGCCUAAAGCCACAGGCGCAACAAGACUCGUUAGCCCUGAGGGUUGGGCCGUCAUCAGCGACAUCGACGACACAAUAAAGAUCACUCAGACGCCUGAUCCUGUCGGCAUUCUUCGCACGACGUUUACUGAACCAGCACAGUUCACGAGCCAUAUGCCAGCAUUCUACAAGAUCCUCGAUGAGCAGUUGCAGAAACCAGCUUGGUUCUAUCUUUCGGCUUCUCCGUACAACCUGUACCCUUUCCUCCAUCAGUUCAUCUCAGACUAUUUCCCACCAGGAACAAUCAUCCUUCGUGAUGCAUCCUGGCAAACGCUUGGUGGUCUACUGAGCUCGCUUACCCAAGGUGUGAAAGAGUAUAAGUCAAGUCGAAUCGACAAAAUACAUGGCUGGCUACCUGAUCGUAAAGUCAUAUGUGUGGGCGACUCGACCCAGAUGGAUCCCGAGACAUAUGCCGCCAUGUACAGAAAGCAUCCCGGGUGGAUCAAGGCCAUCUACAUUCGCAAAGUGCUUGACGCGCCGUUCAUGGAGGAGAAGAAUCAACCAGAACGCUUCGAAAAAGCAUUUGAAGGUAUACCACAACAAGUGUGGAAGGUCUUUGUACUGCCGGAUGAGCUGAAGGACCACGUCGCUACUAUGGUUGGAGAACAGCAUCAAGGCGUACUAAGUACUCUAUCGAGUUUCUUCUGUGGCGAGCAAAGAGAGCAUCAACAAUUGGAGCAGGACAAGGUCAAGCAUUAG